CACGUACGACGUAAGGGGACGCAGAGAGGACGCAAUACGUAAGGAGACUCAGAGAGGACGCGUUCGGGAAGAGGGAGGAGGAUCGACCCGGGAUACAGAGAGGACUGAGGCUAUCUAACUACACGUUCUGGAUCGAGGAUCCCGGUUCUACCCCAGCAUCCUGCCGAACCGUAGGGCGUCCAGCCUCACCAAAAACCCCGAGCCGAAGGCUAUGAUCUCGUGACGUGACGAAUCUCCGAGGGUCCGAGCGGCGCCGAGCGGGCCAGAGUGCGGACCAGAGGACCGAGGGGACGUCGAGGACCGGGGGGACUUGAGAUCUAAAUCCAGAGCGCGGAUCUCCCGGGAUGUUUCCAGGUGCCCUGAGAAGACGAUAACACCUCGAGCCAAACGGAGAGCCACCAAGUUCUGCCACCAAGAAGAGUGGACUCCCAGCUCCCAGCUAUCAGCACCAUGUCCUCCCGGGAGCGCCGGACGGACCUGUACAUCAAGGCGGAGCCCAGCAGCCCGGAGGGCGGCGGCGGCGGCCGGAACAGCCCGGGCGGAGCCUCCUCGGACUCCUCCCAGAGCGGGGGGGGCGGCGGGGGGGGAGGGGGCGGGACGCGGGGCGACGGCGGCCGGCGCUACUCCCCCCCGCUGUACACGCCCCCCCUGCGGUGCCACUUCAAGGAGGAGGGGGGCGACGGCGUGGAGGAGGGGUCCACGGGCAGCGGCGGCGGGCGCUGCAAGUACACCCUGAGCACGCUGCCCAAGAGGCUGUGCCUGGUGUGCGGAGACGUGGCGUCGGGGUACCACUACGGCGUGGCGUCCUGCGAGGCCUGCAAGGCAUUCUUCAAGAGGACCAUCCAAGGUAACAUCGAGUACAGCUGUCCGGCGUCCAACGAGUGUGAGAUCACCAAGCGCCGGCGGAAGGCCUGCCAGGCCUGCCGGUUCACCAAGUGUCUGAAGGUCGGCAUGCUGAAGGAGGGGGUCCGCCUGGACCGGGUGAGGGGAGGCCGGCAGAAGUACAAGCGGCGGCCGGAGGUGGAGAACGCGACCUAUCAGAGUGCGCCGCUGCCGCUGAGGAAGGAGGGGGAGAAGGGCUCCUCCCACAUCAUCGUGUCCCACCUGCUGGUGGCGGAGCCCGAGAAGCUGUUCGCCAUGCCGGACCCCCUGCAGCCCGACACCGCCCAGCGGACGCUCACCACGCUGUGCGACCUGGCCGACCGCGAGCUGGUCGUCAUCAUCGGCUGGGCCAAGCACAUCCCCGGCUUCCUGUCCCUCUCCCUGGCCGACCAGAUGUCGGUGCUGCAGUCGGUGUGGCUGGAGGUGCUGGUGCUGGGUGUGGCCUAUCGCUCGCUGGGCUGCGAGGACGAGGUGGUGUUCGCCGAGGACUUCGUCCUGGACGAGGAGAUGUCCCGCGUGGCCGGCCUCACCGAGCUCAACGCCGCCAUCAGCCAGCUGGCCCGCCGCUUCCGCGUCCUCAACGUCGACCGCGAGGAGUUCGUCAUGCUGAAGGCCAUCGCCCUCACCAACUCAGACUCGGUGUACAUCGAGGACAUGGAGGCGGUGCAGAAGCUGCGGGACCUCCUCCAUCAGGCGCUGGUGGAGCUGGAGUCCCAGCGGCGGCCGGAGGACGGGCAGCGGGCGGGCCGGCUGCUGCUCACGCUGCCCCUCCUCCGGCAGACGGCGGGCCGCGCCCUCACCACCUUCUACAGCAUCAAGAGCCGCGGCGGCGUGCCCAUGCAUAAACUCUUCCUGGAGAUGCUGGAGGCCAUGAUGGACUCCCCCUAGAGAAGGAGCUGGAGGAGGAGCAGGUGGUGCGGGGGGCGGGGGUCGUAAGAGUGUUGAGGACGCUGGCGCUAUCUUCUUCACAAAGGUCUCGUCCACAAGGACGAGUGAGGGACUCUUAUUGUGGAGCCCUGUCGGGAGACUCUUAUUAUGGAGCCCUGAUGAGGGGCUCUUAUUAUGGAGCCCUGAUGAGGGGCUCUUAUUUUGGAGCCACUGAUGAGGGACUCUUAUUGUGGAGCUUCACCGUCCUGCACGAAGCCGCCCAUCGAUCCUAGGACUGGUCAACUCUUCCGGGCCUUGAGUGACCGAACGUUUUAUUAUUAUUAUUAUUAUUAUGGGAUGUUUGACAGAUGGUGGCGUUCUGCAGUAACCAGGGAGACGGUCAUUCCCUCCUCCCUGUGCGGUCGACGCUGCGUAACCACCGACGAUCAACACUGAACAAGUAUUCGCAAAAAACGACGGAGAAAAAUCAGUUUGUCUGUCGACCUUGUGCAGCUGAUAGCUGCUCCAUAGCCAUAGGCUGGCCCGAGGGCCAAUGAGGGCCGGGUGGGCGGGGCUCACACUGAGGGUUUCUAGGGUGGGCUGACAGAUCAUAGGAACUACUUGCAAUAUGUUAAGAGCAAUACAUUAAAGUGACAGCCGGGUGGGGGGAGGGGCUUUAGAAUAGAAAACGAGUAAAGGAAAGGCGACGCAAUCGGUUUAUGUCAUGAAAGCAAAUCUAAAGAUUGUAUAGUCGGAAAGUAACAUUGAGUUUUUAUGUCAUAUAGGUACUUGCUUCCAUAAAAGUGUGUGUGUGUGUGUGUGUGUGUGUGUGUGUGUGUGUGUGUGUGUGUGUGUGUGUGUGUGUGUGUGUGUGUGUGUGUGUGUGUGUGUGUGUGUGUGUGUGUGUGUGUGCGCGCACACAUAGUUCAGGGAAAAUGUUUUUUGUUUUUCCCUUUAUAAGCCGGAGCCUGACGGCCAUUUUAGAAGAUGAGGAAUGCAAACCCCGUUUUUUUAUUAAUGUCGUUAACUUGAUUUGAGCAACAAAAGUAAGUUUCCUUUAGAGAACGCUCUGUAUGAAACUAAGUGUUCUAGAUUUGGUUUUAUCGACUCAGCGGCCUGAGAGAUGUUCAAACAUCUCUCUGCCGUUACUAAAUGAGAAUGUUUAAAGGGUUCAACGCCCAGACCCUCGAGUGAUUAGUGAACACAAGGGGUCACGAAAAGGUUAAACUCUCCUUCAGUAGGAACAAAAACAAGAAUGGCUGUCUGAGAUGGUCCUGGGACAUGCUGUGCUCUGAUGGUCGUUAUGGUAACGUAUGCUGACGUCUAGAGAGGAGAUGGACCAUCGGCCUGAUGGACAACCAGAUGUUCUCCAGAAGAAAGGACGACCCAAUUGUAACAUGUUUUUGACCACCCUUUCAAUCUUUAGCAUUUUAAAAUACAUGAUUUACGUUGUUGACUUUGCUAAAGGUUUAAAAAAAUAAUAUUAUGAAGAUAUUUGCAUUGUUUUUAAAUGAGUGUGUUUUGAGUUGUUCUAGUUGUAGGAUGAGGGGGUUUCAUGGGGUUUGUCCUGAAACCCUGGAAACAUUAAGCCAGUAAAGACACAACUAUUAAGGGCAUCUCGUAUAUGUCCUAGCUCUCUGAUCAGCUCACUACCAGUUCACACCACACAUGUGGGGACUCCUCUGGGGUUUUACAUUUUAUGACUUCCUCCCCCAUUCUGACUCGCUUGCUCCUCCGCUCACUAAAGCAGAACAUUCGGUCGAGGGUUCCACUCUUUCGGAGGAUAUCUUCGGUGGCUGAUGGAUCUUUAUGUUCGUGCGUGAUGAGCUGAUGGAACCGCCCCCCCCCCGGGGUCAGAUGUAGAAUACAGCCCCCCCCCCAUCACUGCAUCACAGCAGUUUGAGCAAAUGUCCACCGUCCACUUUGAAUUAAUACCGUCAUUUGUAAUUUCUGUUCAGAAUGUGUUCAUUAAUAUUGGUGAGCAAUACAAGAAAUUACCAAAACUCUCACAUUUCCUUGUAAAGCCACAGUGUAAAAUUAACAUUGCCAGUUAUAACAAAAUAGUUACUUAAUGUUAUAUUAUUUAGGGGUUAAAAUCAAUGUUUGUAUUUUGGAAGACUAUUUAAAUGAUUAAAUUCUAUUUUUUACUCAAUUUACUGUUUGUUGACACUUGUUUUACCUUUCUGUGCGUGAUAAUUGCUGUGAAGCUAUGUGUUAGGCUCAUUAAUGAAAGCGUUCUGUGUCUAAGGCUGUCCCUAUGAAGACCACUGUGAGCCGCCGGCACCACCCGGUGGCGGAUCAUUGUGGUGCUUUUGUGUUGUGUAAUAAAUAUGGAGCCAGCGCCACCACA